UGCUGGAUCCUUCACAGAAGAAUCUCUACAACAGUGUGAUGCUAGAGACCUAUAUGAACCUCAGUGCUAUAGGCUACAAUUGGGAAGAUCAUAAAGUUGAAGAGCAUUGUCAAAAUUCUCAAAGACAUGGAAGGCAUGAAAGAAGUUAUACAGGAGACCAAUCUUCUGAAUGUACUCUAUGUGUUAAUGCAUUUGCAUAUCAGAGCCAUUUUCAAAGGCAUGAAAGAAUUCAUACUGAAAGAAAACUACAAUAUAGUGAUGAAUUUGCAUGUCAUAGUAGUCUCCAAAUACAUCAAGGAACACUUACUAGAGGGAAACCAUAUGAAUGUAAGCAAUGUGGUAAAGCCUUUUCCUGUCCUAGUCAUCUUCAAAUGCAUGAAAGAACGCAUACUGGAGAGAAACCCUAUGAAUGUAAUCAGUGUGGUAAAGCCUUUGCACAACACAGUCAUCUUCGAAUGCAUGAAAUAACCCAUACUGGAGAGAAACCCUAUGAAUGUAAUCACUGUGGUAAAGCCUUUUUGAAAUACAGUCAUCUUCAAAUGCAUGAAGGAAUACAUACUGGAGAGAAACCCUAUGAAUGUAAUCACUGUGGUAAAGCCUUUGCAAAACCCAGUCAUCUUCGAAUGCAUGAAAGAACACAUACUGGAGAGAAACCCUAUGAAUGUAAUCAGUGUGGUAAAGCCUUUGCACAACACAGUCAUCUUCGAACGCAUGAAAGAACACAUACUGGAGAGAAACCCUAUGAAUGUAAUCAGUGUGGUAAAGCCUUUACACAACACAUUACUCUUCAAAUACAUGAAAGAACACAUACUGGAGAGAAGCCCUAUGAAUGUAAUCAAUGUGGUAAAACCUUUGCUUAUCACAAUUCUCUUCAAUUGCAUAAAAAAGGACAUACUGGUGAGAAACCAUAUGAAUGUAAUCAGUGUGGUAAAGUCUUUCCUCGUGUUAGUGAUCUUAAAUUGCAUAAAAGGACCCAUACUGGAGAGAAACCCUAUGAAUGUGAUCAAUGUGGUAAAGCCUUUGCACGAUAUAGUCAACUUCAAAUACAUGAAAGAACACAUACUGGAGAGAAACCCUAUGAAUGUAAUCAGUGUGGUAAAGCCUUUGCACAACACAGUCAUCUUCAACGACAUGAAAGAACACAUACUGGAGAGAAGCCCUAUGAAUGUAAUCAAUGUGGUAAAACCUUUGCUUAUCACAAUUCUCUUCAAUUGCAUAAAAAAGGACAUACUGGUGAGAAACCAUAUGAAUGUAAUCAGUGUGGUAAAGUCUUUCCUCGUGUUAGUGAUCUUAAAUUGCAUAAAAGAAUACAUACUGGAGAGAGACCUUAUGAUUGUAAUCAAUGCAGUAAAGUCUUUGUGCAAUAUAGUCAUCUUCAAAUGCAUGAAAGAAUACAUACUGGAGUGAAACCCUAUGAAUGUAAUCACUGUGGUAAAGCCUUUCUCCAUAAUAGUCAUCUUAAAAGACAUGAAAGAAUACAUAGUGGAGAGAAUCCCUUUGAAUGUAAUCAAUGUGGUAAAGCCUUUGCCCAUAAUAGUGAUCUUCAAAGACAUGAAAGAACUCAUAAUGGAGAGAAACGCUAUGAAUGUGAUCAAUGUGGUAAAGGCUUUCCUCAUCUUAGUGAUCUUCAAUUGCAUAAAAUAUCACAUACUGGAUAG